UAUAUAUAACUCGGUAGAUACUCCUAUAUUUGCUGAAAGCUAGUAUUCUAAUAGAUUAAAGAUCAAAAUAAUAUAUUUCAGAUUACUACAUACUUUUGUUAAAGUAAGUACUAUGAUGUCUAACUCGGGCAAAAGUUGCAUGAUGAACAAACGAUGGUCUCUUGUUGGCAUGACUGCUCUUGUUACUGGGGGAACUAAAGGACUCGGACAUGCAAUCGUGGAGGAACUAGCAGGACUUGGAGCAAGGGUCCAUACAUGUGCAAGAAAUGAGACUGAACUUGAAGCUUGCAAACGCAAUUGGGAGACCAAAGGCUUUCAUGUCACUGCUUCUGUUUGUGAUGUAACAUCUCGAGCCCAAAGAGAAAAUCUAAUGGAAAUAGUAUCCUCUGAGUUCAAUGGCAAGCUCAAUAUCCUAGUGAACAAUGUUGGGACUUACGUGAAAAAGCCAACAACAGAGCUCACAGCUGAGGAAUAUGCAACUGUAAUGACCACCAACCUUGAAUCAGCUUACCAUUUUUGCCAACUUGCCCAUCCCCUCCUCAAGGCAUCCGGAUUCGCCAGCAUCAUCUUCAUGUCUUCCGUAGCUGGUGUCGUGGCUCUUGAUGUUGGCUCUGUAUAUGGCACAACAAAAGGAGCGAUGAAUCAACUAGCAAAGAACUUAGCAUGUGAGUGGGCAAAGGAUAAUAUCAGAACCAACUCUGUUGCACCUUGGUACAUUCGUACUCCUCUUACUGAAGUGGUCCUUAGUGACAAAGAAUAUUUGGCUAAAGUGAAAGAACGAACUCCUCUUGGAAGGACAGGAGAGGUGGAAGAGGUGUCUUCCUUGGUGGCAUUUCUAUGCAUGCCUGCUGCUUCCUACAUUACUGGACAAACCAUUUGUGUUGAUGGAGGCUUCACUAUUCAUGGCUUGUUUUAAGACCUAUAACUAGUUUUUAUGUCUGGGCUAUAUUUCGGAUACUUAUAUUUUUCAUCUAUUAAUAAUUUACUUUUAAAAUGAUUACAUUAUAUAUCACUUGGUGUAGUGGUACAUGUAUCUAAAUUCUUAUUAAUAGGUCAUUUGGUCCUUUGAACUUCA